UUCAGUUGAAUUUUAGCAGAUCAGAAUUCCUGAAACCUUUUCCAAGAUGGGGUCACCAAAACAUUUCUCCAACUCUAGAGUUUCCGCCUCUCCUGACACAAAGAUGGCUGCAGCUCUGACUCUCCUUCUCAUUGGCUGGUUGCUGCAAAGUGCCCUGUGUGGACAGUUUGGGGUCACUGUGCCGCAGACUAUAGAGGUUCUGAGAGGAUCCUGUGUGACCAUCCCCUGCUCUUUUGACGUAGAGAACAACUAUGAAUCAAGCUUGGAUAACACAUGUAAAGCAUUAUGGAAAAUUACACUAGAAACUGUUGUGUUUGAUAGCAGUACUCCACAACAAAAUAAAAUAAAAGGAGAAUUGACAGGAGACUUGACAAAAAAAGACUGCACCACAACUCUGAAUAACAUGCAACCUGAACACAGCAAGAAAUAUUUCUUCAGACUGGAAUGCAAAACACUGCAAUAUAAUUUUCUUACACAACAACUGGAAAUUUCAGUCAAAGAUGGUCCUCCCAGACCGACUCUGACUCCGUCCACACUGAAGGUGAAGGACGGAACCUCAGUGAAUGUGACGUGUUCUGCUCCAGCUCCCUGUCUGUCUCAUCCUCCAACUCUGACAUGGACCCCCAGCCUUGGUGACAUUCAUGAGACACUGCAGGAGAAUCAGAACAAAACUAAAGUUAAGACCUCUGUUCUGACCUUCACUGCCUCUCACCUCCGUCACAGACAAGAAAUCUCCUGUACCGCUGUAUACAACAAACAAGAUGGCAGCACUGAGUCAUCUGUUACCACAAGAUUAACAGCUGAUAUUUUAUACUAA